AUGUCUUACAUGCUCCAAUUCCCCCCCUCCCUUCUGCCCAAAAACAUUACCUCGCCACCCUUCGUCCUCUUCGGCAUCAACGACCUCGACCUCUUCUCCGACCUCCCAACGAAUAUCCCUCUCGCCCUUGUACUCCACUUUGCUCCCGUUCUCCGCAAAUGGGUUCUACCGCCGCCCCAGGAACUCAGCACAUGCGCCAUCCGCAUGUCUUUACGGACGCCCUACGUCGGCAUCAACAUUCUAGCUGACAUGGAGCUCGAGGGUUUGAGAUAUAUCCUUGGGCGUAUGAUGCAACUUGCCCACGUUAAGAUUGCAACAGGAAAAUACGAAAUGUUCCAGAUGAUGCCGAGUCUGCCUGUUAGCAUAUCAAUCCACAAAGCGUGGAUGGCACUGGAGCUGCCGCCUAGAGGCAUCGAGGCUUUAUACAUGCACAUCCAAAUCACGCUCAUGAUUGGCCCGCCCGUCACACUGUUCGAGAUCAAAGGCGUGUGGCAAAAUUUCCCGGUCGACUCGCCGAUACAGCGCGAGAUGGGUCUGAACUUCGUGCGCAACUACAUCGACAGGCUAUAUCCGGCUUCGGAGAGCUCGGCAGUACGACACUGGUACCUCGAGACGACUGAGCGGUGGAGUUUCUUCCGUGAGCUGGAGAAAUCGUCUCCUGCGUUCGGA